UCUGUACCGGGCGUGAGAAUGGACAUACCAAGUCGACUGUGACUAUCCCUGUGCGAGAAGAAGACGGAGAACAACAGAGGAGACCGAGACCAGGAGCUAGAGACAAUUUGUGUUAUCUUCUAGCUGACUAGCUACAUCUCUUCAGACUCACAAUGGAGUGUCUAUUGGACCACAAACCUUACGACACGUCCUUAAAACCGUAUGAAUCGUCCAUCAAACCUUACGAAUCUUCAAUUAAACCUUACGAGUCUUCAAUAAAACAGUAUGAGUCUUCUAUAAAACCUUACGAAUCUUCCAUCAAACAUUAUGAUUCGUCUCUCAAACCGUAUGACUCUCCGAUAAAACCUUAUGAUCACCAACAGAAUCGUGGUCACUACGAUCACGUGAUACACAAACCUUAUGACGUCACUUCUAUGAAGCCUUACGAGCCCUCCACCAUGCUGCCAGUCACGAACGGUCAUGAUAUGCAUGGAAUGACGUCACCACCCAAGAUGGAGGGCAAAGUGCCGGGAAAUGGAACAGGGAAUCCAGGCAUCACAGGCACCACAAGUAAUGGCGGGAGUGGUAAUAAUGUCAGUGGAGGUGGUGGAGGGGGAGGAGGAGGAGGAGGAAGUGGUGGUGGAGGAGGUGGAAGCAGCAGCGGCCAGGAGAUGGGAGACGGAGAGAGCGGGGACGAGUCUCCAAGCACCACCACCCAUCCCCCAGAAAGUCCCGAAGAGGAAGGAAAAGGCGGGAAAAAGGCCGGGGUGGGCGUCCGGCGCUCUGAAAAACCCCCGUAUUCCUACAUCGCUUUGAUCGUCAUGGCGAUACAGUCUUCUCCAACCAAACGCUGCACUCUCAGUGAGAUCUACCAGUUCCUACAGCAGAGAUUCCCCUUCUUUAGAGGCAGCUACCAAGGCUGGAAGAACUCCGUGAGGCACAACCUCUCCCUCAACGAGUGCUUUAUCAAACUGCCCAAAGGCAUCGGACGCCCGGGAAAGGGCCACUUCUGGACCAUCGACCCCGCCGCGGAGUUUAUGUUCGAGGAGGGAUCUUUCAGGAGAAGGCCGCGCGGUUUCCGUAGGAAGUGCCAGGCCCUCAAGCCGUUCGGGAUGCUGAACGGAAUGGGCGGAGGAGGCGGGAUGAUGGGCCACUACGACUUCAUGAGCCCUCACAACUCGGCCAUGAACAUGUCUUGCGGCAUGGGCAACGCCCAGAUGACCUCCUAUGACCCCUACUCGCAGCAAAUGAUGGCGGGCAACUCCAUGCAGCAGAUGGGAGUUACGCCCAACUACGGCUUCAACAAUAGCUCCUCCAUCAACAGCGGCAUGACUCCAGACUACAAUCUAUCGAGCCUAGGACAUACCGCAGCAGCGGCAGCAGCAGCAGGAGGGUACCCCGCCCCUAGCAACGUGACGCCACCGGCAUAUGACCGUGACGUCAUGGGCUCCGCCGCCGUUGCCAUGCGCGAUUCAGGGAGUUCGUCUCGGAGUGACGUGCUGUACCAACGAGACGGGGCCAUCACGUCGGACCAUACGUCACGAGAUACCAGCACGCACCACCCGAGUCUCCCAUCGUCGUCACGAGAGUCGAUGUUGUCCCCAUCCUCGGCUGUGACAGGGGACACAACUGGACGAGACAGUGGCACAACUGCCGCCGGGAAAUACCCGGGCAGUAGUCCCUCCGGGUACAGCGGUCUUCGCGGUGACACCUCGGGCAUGGUACGAGGUGGUGAAGGCCUCCCACCGCUCUCUUCCCUCCCCUCCUCCUAUUCCAACACACGAGGAGACUCAUCAUCUUCAGUGUACGGAAAAGACGCCGGGAAUGCCGCGUCCUUACGAGAAAAUCACCACCCUUCGUCCCUCCCACCUUACAGCUCGCGUGACCCCUCGACCUCUGAUCUGUCAUCUUUACCUCCAAUGUCCCUGUACUCUCCCAGGGAGCACCACCACGGCCUGUAUCCCUCCUCUGUCUCCGCUGCUGGUCACGUGGGUAGCAGUAAUGGCGGAAUGUCCGGACUGUAUCAGUGGAACAGCCAACAAAUUCGAGGCGGCUACCCGACCGGCUCAGUGGUCAAACAACAACCUGUGUCACCAACGGGCAGCACAGGCUCUUUGCAUAGCCUCUCACCGCCCUCCAGCACUGACCAGAGCCCCUACGGACAUCCGGUCAGUGGUCUGGCUAUGGACAGCGUGGACCUUUCUGUGCCAGGUAACAGCAUGCAUGCACUGCUCCCUCGCAUGCCUGCCUUCCUGUGAUUGAAAGACGAUAAUUAUUUCUCUGUAUUGUUAUAGCUCACUCGGCCACCCACCCUAACAAAACCACAAACGUUUUACAAGCUCAUGACUUUGCCAUAGACAGCAAUAACGCUUUGAUCUUCUCUCAGUCACCGCCGUUGCUUUCUCAUGCAUAAACGUAGCAUUUUUUCCGCGUUGGUCACUGGAGAUGCCUUUUAAAGAUUAGACGCCUCUUGGACAGAUAUUAUGACUUAAUAUUUAUGUCUUUGUUAUUUAUCAAAUGUUGUAUAUAUUGUACGAGAGAGCACAGCCAGGGUUGGUACUUACAAGCAGUGACGAUACUACCAGCCUUUAAAAUUGACUUGAUUAAAUCGUGUCGACGUGGUCGAAAAUAACAUAUUAUUAUGCUACACAAAGCACAUUGUCUGUUGAAAUGGUGACCUCAUUUGUAAAUAAAUAUGGAAACAUGAGUUUUCAUUUACUAAUUCAGUUCU